AUGAAAAAGGAACUAGCCGGUCGCCAUUUUCCUGGUAAUGAUGACGCCAUUUCAGCUGUGAAUGACUUCUUUAGGGCGGCUGAAGAAAAUUUCUCCUUGACCGGCAUCCAGGCCUUGCAGCAUCGCUGGCAAAAGCCCUGUCACUCAUCAGAAUCACCACCCCCUACCAAGGCCCUGUCACUCAUCAGAAUCACCAUCCCCUACCAAUCACCAUCCCCUACCAAGGCCCUGUCACUCAUCAGAAUCACCAUCCCCUACCAAUCACCAUCCCCUACCAAGGCCCUGUCACUCAUCAGAAUCACCAUCCCCUACCAAUCACCAUCCCCUACCAAGGCCCUGUCACUCAUCAGAUUCACCAUCCCCUACCAAUCACCACCCCCUACCAAGGCCCUGUCACUCAUCAGAAUCACCAUCCCCUACCAAGGCCCUGUCACUCAUCAGAAUCACCAUCCCCUACCAAGGCCCUGUCACUCAUCAGAAUCACCACCCCCUACCAAGGCCCUGUCACUCAUCAGAUUCACCAUCCCCUACCAAGGCCCUGUCACUCAUCAGAUUCACCAUCCCCUCCCAAUCACCACCCCCUACCAAUCACCAUCCCCUACCAAGGCCCUGUCACUCAUCAGAAUCACCAUCCCCUACCAAGGCCCUGUCACUCAUCAGAUUCACCAUCCCCUACCAAGGCCCUGUCACUCAUCAGAUUCACCAUCCCCUCCCAAUCACCACCCCCUACCAAGGCCCUGUCACUCAUCAGAAUCACCACCCCCUACCAAUCACCAUCCCCUACCAAGGCCCUGUCACUCAUCAGAAUCACCACCCCCUACCAAGGCCCUGUCACUCAUGAGAAUCACCAUCCCCUACCAAGGCCCUGUCACCCAUCAGAUUUCCCGCCUCAUCAAGAAAUAA